CUGCUGGACAGCGUAACCAUUGAGCCCGGCAUAAAAACAAGCACGCUCGAGUAAGAGAGGGAACUGGAAUUUUCCAUCUUCAACAAAAUAAAACCCAAGCUUCGGAGCAGCGCCACUUUUUUCCACAGCGCACACUCUAGUCCAGAAAGAGCUGCGAUUUCGAUUACAAUAACAAGACACAGAAAAGAAAAAUGCAGGCUCCAGUUCUCGUCCUCAAGGAUUCUUUGAAACGUGAAUCUGGAAGCAAAGUACACUAUGCCAACAUUCAGGCCUCCAAGGCUGUUGCUGACAUUAUCCGCACUACCUUGGGUCCAAGAUCCAUGCUGAAGAUGCUACUUGAUGCUAGUGGAGGAAUUGUAGUAACGAAUGAUGGGAAUGCUAUCCUGCGUGAACUCGAUGUUGCGCACCCAGCAGCAAAGUCAAUGAUUGAGUUGAGCCGCACACAAGAUGAAGAAGUAGGAGAUGGGACAACAUCUGUCAUCGUUCUUGCUGGAGAGAUGCUCCAUGUUGCCGAAGCCUUCAUUGACAAGAAUUAUCAUCCCACAGUGAUUUGUCGAGGUAAUGCUUCAAGUGCUUAUUUGACACUCCUUUCUGCUUACAGAUCAUUACACUUCUUUCCGAUGAAGGCUUUUUUAAUUUGUGCUGCAGCCUACACUAAAGCUCUUGAAGAUGCUGUUGCUGUGCUUGACAAAAUUGCUAUGUCCAUUGAUGUCAAUGACCGUGCAACAAUGUUGGGGCUGGUUAAGAGCUGUAUAGGAACAAAGUUCACUAGUCAAUUUGGGGAUUUGAUUGCUGAUCUAGCAAUUGAUGCCACCAGCACAGUUGGGGUUGAUCUUGGCCAAGGAUUGCGAGAAGUUGAUAUCAAGAAGUACAUUAAGGUGGAGAAGGUACCUGGUGGUCAGUUGGAAGAUUCCAAAGUUCUUAAAGGAGUUAUGUUUAACAAAGAUGUGGUUGCCCCUGGCAAGAUGAGGAGAAAGAUUGUGAAUCCACGUAUUAUUCUUCUUGAUUGUCCCCUUGAAUACAAGAAAGGCGAGAACCAAACAAAUGCUGAGUUGGUUAAAGAAGAAGACUGGGGAGUUCUAUUGAAAAUGGAAGAGGAAUAUAUCGAGAACAUGUGCAUGCAGAUUCUAAAAUUUAAACCAGAUCUGGUUAUAACAGAAAAAGGUCUUAGCGAUUUGGCAUGCCACUAUCUCAGCAAGGCUGGUGUAAGUGCGAUCAGGAGGCUAAGGAAGACAGACAAUAAUAGAAUUGCAAAGGCAUGUGGGGCUGUUAUUGUGAACAGACCAGAUGAAUUGCAAGAGUCUGAUGUUGGUACUGGAGCUGGGUUAUUUGAGGUUAAGAAAAUUGGGGAUGAGUUCUUUUCUUUCAUUGUUGAUUGCAAAGAUCCAAAAGCUUGUACAGUUCUCUUGAGAGGUGCCAGUAAAGAUCUGCUGAACGAAGUGGAAAGAAAUUUGCAGGAUGCCAUGUCUGUGGCCAGAAACAUUCUUAAGAAUCCGAAACUUGUUCCUGGUGGUGGUGCUACAGAGUUAACUGUCUCUGCCACUUUGAAGCAAAAGAGUUCAUCCAUUGAAGGAAUAGAAAAGUGGCCUUAUGAAGCUGCUGCAAUAGCUUUUGAGGCUAUUCCGCGAACUUUGGCUCAGAAUUGUGGUGUCAAUGUGAUUCGGACAAUGACUGCCCUCCAAGGAAAACAUGCAAAUGGUGAUAAUGCAUGGGUUGGCAUUGAUGGGAACACCGGAGAAAUUACUGAUAUGAAAGAGAGGAAGAUAUGGGAUGCAUAUAAUGUAAAAGCACAAACCUUCAAGACAGCAAUAGAAGCAGCUUCCAUGCUUCUGAGAAUCGACGACAUUGUAAGUGGGAUCAAGAAGAAACAGACCCCAGGAGCAGGGCAAGCUGGCAAGCCUAAGAUUGAGACAGAAGCUGAUGCAGACGGUGAGCAGAUUCUUCCUGACUGAAGAUAUUUUGGUUGGAAGUAUUUGUCAAAGAAGACGGUAUUUUUAUUCCCCUGACAAGGGUGUUAAACAAUUUUGUUUAGGUGUGAUUCAAGUAUCAUUAAUUAAAAUUUUCUGCGCCUUUCUGAUUAUUGUUAGCUAGCGUUCAAUCAGGACUUAUACUUAAACCAGAUUUUGGGUUUUCUUUGGUGUGUGCAUUAGGCUGUCAGCUUCUUGUGUCAAUAUUUGGAGUGUUGUUAAUGUCUGCUUAAAUUUUUUCCUAG